GAGCUGUCCAAGGACCUGAUGCCCGGGCCGUACCCCCGGACACCGGAGGAGCGGGCAGCUGCUGCAAGGAAGUACAACAUGCGGGUGGAAGACUACGAGCCCUACGCCGACGACGGCUUUGGGUAUGGUGACUACCCCAAGCUCCCUGAUAAGUCUCUUCAUGAGAGAGACCCCUGGUACCAGUGGGACCAGCCAGACAUAAGGCAUAACUGGGGAGAGCCGAUGCACUGGGACUUUGACAUGUAUAUUCGGAACCGCGUUGAUACGUCCCCCACUCCAGUUCCCUGGCACACCAUGCGCAAGCACUUCCUUGUCUUUUUGAGUACCAUGCUGAUCAUGUUUGGUCUUGGAGAGAUCUAUCCGUCUUACAGGCCUGUGGGACCGAAGCAAUAUCCCUUCAAUGACCUGUAUCUGGAGAGAGGAGGAGACCCCAGUAAAGAGCCACCAGUGGUGACGCACUAUGAAAUCUGAAAGUUGUUGAAGUGCUGUGUUUCUCCUGUGUCAGCUCUGCUGGGCAUGGCAUCUUCUCUAGUGUUCGCCAUGGCAUAUGUUAACGCUUGUUCUUCAAUGUUCAACCACUAACUGCAAUGAAAUAUAUCGAUGAUAGCUAC